CUGAAGCCAGAAGGCUUUUGGAACGUGGCCAGAGAGAACUAGAUGCCGCGACUUCGUCAUCGUCGGGCCCUCAAGUCAACAUCGACAAGCUUAUCAAGAACCUAACGGAGAAACUCGGUGUGGUUCCACCUAAUAUAGUACCGGACGAGAAGGUCAUGAAGCUACUCUCGAAGUCUAGCAGUGCGUAUGUAGACUUCAAGCUUCUCAACGUCUCUAACUCUAACUCAAAUGCAAGGAAAAGAUUGAGAACCACUACAACGGGGCUGGUUGUCGAGGUAUACGAAAAACCUGAGGAUUCCCGCUCUGGCGAUAAUGGUCUCGUUCUCGACAUUAUGGGGGCUUGGACAGCGCAGUUUGGUAGAUAUGUCGCGGGCGUAUGUCUGGUCGACGAACAUGCAGCGAACAACAUCCUGACAUUUCUAUCGUAUCAGUGCGAGAUCGGCCGUAUCGCCCUGUACUCUCCGGCACGUGCGGUCGACGCUGAUCGUCAGUUCCGCAUGUCAGUCCCUGGCAUCGCAGCUACGGGAGUUCCUGUCUGGCAGUGCUAUGCGCAGGAGCACACGGCCCCCUUUUUCUCGAGGCUUCUAGCAGAGAUGGCAAACCGGCGCAUGUGGAGCACGUACCGUCAGCCAAAGGGGGGCAAAGGAAAAGGAAAAGGAAAGGGGAAAGGAUCAGGAAAAGGAAAGGGGAAAGGAUCAGGAAAAG